AUGGUCCAGCCAGGUGAUGACGGCCAGAAGCUGACCACCCUCUCAACCUUCAACCCCCAGUUCACAUAUCCACUUUUCGGAGAUGAGGAAUCGAUCUUUGGCUAUAAAAAGCUGAAUAUCAAGCUUCGAUUUGCGGCGCAUGACCUCCAAUCACACGUUCAGAUCUCGUACAAUGAGAAGUUCAAGCAGGUAGAGGAUAUAAAAGCUGCUGACCUCCUUGGGAUCCUCAAACCGUGUCUUCCAGAGGUUUCAUUUUCGACCAUCGAUGAGUUUAAGAAGCGUAUAAACGAGGGGGAUGCGGCGAGCUUUACACCCCCAGGCAAGCUCGUUCAUAGCUAUUCGAGAGAUGAUAAAGACUAUGAGAUAUGGGCGGGCUCCCUGGCCGAUCCAGAAGUACGCAAGACUCUGGAUAGGAUACAGAUCUUCGUGUCGUUCUUCAUCGAAGGUGGAACCCCCAUUGAAACAGACGACUUUGACUGGACUCUGGAAAGAUGGAUAAUAUAUUUUGUAUACGAAAAGCAAAAAGAGCCAUCUAGCCCAAAAGCAUCAAGGUACUCCUUUGCAGGAUACGCAACCACAUACAGAUGGUACUUUUUCCAUCCUCAAUCAUCGAAUGCUGCAAAGUUGGCAUACGAGGCCCAGAAAACGGAGGCUUUCGAUUCAUUCCCAGUCUCAAAGAUACCCGCGCGUUUACGCAUUGCUCAGUUCCUCAUUAUUAAACCACAUCAGCACGCUGGUCAUGGAUCCCAGCUCUAUCGCACAAUUCAAAAAGCCUGCCUUGAGGACCCUACCAUCUUCGAACUUACCAUCGAGGAUCCAAACGAGUCAUUUGAUGCACUUCGAGACUCAAACGACUACCACACGUUAAAACCAGAAUUCUCUAAACAUAAUAUUACAAUCAACGCCAACCCCAUCCCAAACACUACCCCUGGAAGCUCCUCUUCUCAACCUCCAAAACAUCCCCGCGUCAUGCCAACCUCUCUGCUAAUCCCUACAAAAACCCUUGAUGAUCUCAGGCAAGAGUUCAAAAUCGCCCCUACUCAAUUCGCCCAUCUGGUUGAGAUGUAUCUUCUUAGCCAGAUACCUCAGUCCCACCGUGGGGCGGAAAACGUCAACAUGACUCGUCUUACAACGCAGAAGUCUCGACUGCAGAAUGAGCAUGAUAGACGGUAUUAUUGGUGGCGCAUGCUUGUUAAGCAGCGAUUGUACAAACGACACCGUGAUAUGUUAAUACAGAUUGAUAAGGAUGAACGGGUAGUCAAACUUGACGAGACGCUGCAGAACGUGGAAGAAGGGUAUGAUGUUCUGCUGAAGGCGUUUGAUGAGCGGGCUUCAAAGGUAUCAGGCAAUGGGAAGGGUAAGGACCGAGAAGCCGAUGAUAACGAGGAUGGGAAUGAGGCUUCCGCCUCUGCGACUAAAAUGCGCUCAAAGAGGAAGUUCACUGUUGAAGAUGACGAUGAUGAGAUGGAAGAUGCCCCGUCGGCGAAGAAUAGAGGUGGGAAGAAGCCAAAGGUCUAA